GCCCGCCGCCCGCCAUGAAGUCCAGUGGCCCCGUGGAGAGGCUCCUGAAGGCCCUGGGCGGGAGGGACAGCGCCCGGGGACCCGGCAGGGCGGGGAAGGCCGAGCCUCACAGCUUUCGGGAGAAAGCCUUCCGGAAGAAGCCCCCGGCCUGCGCCGCGUGUAAGGGCGUCAUCGAGGGCGCGGGACUGGCCUGUCGAGUCUGCAAGGUGGCCGCACACCGGAAAUGCGAGGCGAAGGUGACCUGGGCGUGCCAGGCCGCGCCCCCCGCCGAGUUGAGGAGGAACACGGCUCCCGUCCGGAGGAUAGAGCAUCUGGGGUCGACGAAAUCUCUGAAUCAGUCCAAGCAACGGAGCACCUUGCCCAGGAGUUUCAGCCUGGAGGCGGGCAUGGAGCGGCGCUGGGAGCUGGACGUGACCUACAUCACGGAGCGCAUCAUCUCCGUCUGCUUCCCGCCCCGGCUGGACGAGCAGCGCUACCGCGGGGGCCUGCGCCAGGUGGCCGCCAUGCUGCAGGCCAAGCACCAGCACCACUACCUGCUCUUCAACCUGUCGGAGAAGCGGCACGACCUGAGCCGGCUGCAUCCCAAGGUGCAGGACUUCGGCUGGCCUGACCUGCACGCGCCCCCGCUGGACCGCAUCUGCUCCAUCUGCAAGGCCAUGGAGAGCUGGCUCAGCGGGCACCCGCAGCGCGUGGCCGUGCUGCACUGCAAGGGAAACAAGGGGAAAACGGGUGUCAUCGUGGCCGCCUACAUGCACUACAGCAACAUCUCCGCCAGCGCUGACCAAGCCCUGGGCACCCUGGCGAUGCACAAGUUCUGUGAGGACAAGGUGGCCGCGGCCCUGCAGCCCUCCCAGCGCAGGUACAUCGACUACUUCAGCGGGUUGCUCUCGGGAGCUAUCAAGAUGAACAGCAGCCCGCUCUUCCUUGCAGGGUGUGUGCCCGCUCUGCCCGCCUUUGAACCUGCACAGGGUUUCCAGCCCUUGCUGAAGAUCUAUCAGGCCAUGCAACUGGUGUACACCUCCGGGAUCUACCGUCUAACGGGCCCGGGCCCGCAGCAGCUGUGCAUCAGCCUGGAGCCGGCGCUGCUGCUCAAGGGUGACGUCAUGGUGAACCUGCUAUCACGGGCGUCGGGGGGCCAGAGCCGGGCCUCCGCUUCCUGCGUUCACGUCCAACACGUGCACGGGUGCACGCCCACGCCUGCGCUGCGGGAAGGACCAGCGGACCAGGCCUGGCAGGGCCGGGACUCUCCGCGCAACGACCCGUCCGUCUCCCGUGGACUACAACACGUCGAGCCGGCCGUGCGCUGGGACUCGUACGAGAACUUCAACCGGCGGCACGAGGACAGCGUGGACGGAUCCCCCUCCCACACCCGGGGCCCCCUGGACGGCAGCCUCUACGCCCAAGUGCAGCGCCCGCGCCCGCCGGCGGAACCCCCCGUCCCGUCUCCCGCGGGGGGUCCGCCCCGGCGGCCCGCCCGCCCCUCCCCGCCCGCCCCCUCCUCUCCGUCCAGCACCGACUCGGGCCACUGGUCCACCCUGACCGAGCGUCCGGAGGACCCCUCGUCCCCCGGCCGGCCGCCGCCCACCCCGGCCGAGCGCGAGGAGCUGGACCGGCUCCUGGGGGGCUGCGGGCUGGGCCCCCGGCCCCCGCCGGCCUCGGCCGCGGCGGAGACGGCCGGCGGGCGGGAGACGGCCAUCUUGGACGACGAGGAAGAGCCGGGCCGGGCCGGCGGCCGGCCCGGGGCCCGCCCGGCGGCCCGGCCAGGCCUGGUCCGGCACUGCUCCUGUCGCCACGGCUACCGCGAGCCCUACGGCCCCCACGACGGCGGCUACUACCGGCCGGAGGGCACCCUGGAGCGGAGGCGGGCGGCCUGCGGGGCCUACGAGGCCUACGGGGACGGGACGACGGAGAAGAGGCGGCUCUACCGCUCCCUGUCGAGGGGCCCUACCCCUACCGGCUGGAGCCGGGCCCCCGCGGCGGCCCCCGCGACCCGCGACUUCGGCUACAGGCCCCCCCGGCUACCGGGAGGUGCUCAUCCUGGAGAGCCGGGCCUGGCCGCCCCCCGUGGCCCGUGCCCCGCGUGCCAGGAGAAGGAGCUGGGGCUGCCCACCGCCGCCUUCUACGGGCUGAGGCUGGAGCGGAGCGCUCCCCGCCGACCUGUGGCCGGCCGACGUGGGCCAAGGGAGCCCCUCCUGCACCCGCUGCCCCUGCUGGUGCCCGCCUUAGGCGCCCACGCCCGCGGCGGGCCCGACUACGGCUACCUGAAACCGCCCAAGGCCGGGGACCCCGGCUACCCCUGCGCCCGCCUCGCCCCGCCCGGGUACCCCCCGGUCGUGGCCUACGGCUGCGGGGGCGCCGUGCCCGCCUGCUGCGGGGGGCCGGCCUACGGGCGGGUGCCCCGGAGCUGCGGUCGCCCGGCGGGGGCAGGGGGCUACCCGCCCGGGGCCGGUCCCCCGCCGUCGGGCUCCGUCUCGCCCGCCGGCCCUCCGUACCCGCCGCCCUGCGGGCUCGGUUACGAGAUGGCAGAGGAGGGCGGCGAGGGCUACCCGCCGCCGGGGCACCUGGGCCGGAUGGGAGGCCCGGCAGCUGUAGACCCCGCAGAGCUGGCACAGUUGGCAUUUGGUCCCCGGCGGGGCACGGCAGCCUCCAGCGCCAACCGCGGGAGGCCCGGUCGGGGGGGCCCGGCUCCCCCUGACCCGGCGGGGCUCCCCCAUCCGCUGCACACCAGCAGCCCCGUGCAGACAAAGAGAGGUAACUACGCCCGCCGCGCGACGGCCCCACCCCCCCCGGCGACCGAAUGGCCCCGAGCCAGGAGCCCGGGGGACUCCGGCCCGCGGGCCCCGGUGCCCGCCAGCCUGCCGGGCCUGCGCCAGGCCCCGUGGCCCGGCCCCCGGCCGCCCCCCGACAGCCCCGACGGCUCGCCCCUCACCCCCGUGCCCCGCCCAGGUCCCUGGCUUGGGUGCCGUCCCCCGCCCCCGCAGGGCUCCCCCACCCCCGCCUUCCCCCUCCCCGACUCCCCGCCCCGCGCCCAGCCUCCGCUGCCCGAGAAGCGCCACCCGCCCGCCCAACAGCCUCCCUCUCCCACGGGGCCCCCUCCCGCCCCCCACCACGUCACCUUCGCCCCGCUGGCCACGGACGGGCCCCCCGCCCCUCCAGAGCCCGCUUCCCCCGAAGGUCAGAGCGACGUCAAGUUCGUCCAGGACACGACCAAGUUCUGGUACAAACCACAGCUGUUCGCGGGAGCAACCGUCUCUCUGCUGAAAGGGCCGGGAGCCGGGCGGACUUCCUGAUCGGACAGCCACUCCUCAGGCGCCUACGGCCUGGCCCUCAGGGUGGCCACCGCCCCGCCGGGAGCCCAGGCCCCACGCGGGGACCCUCUGGAGCAGCUGGUGCGCCACUUCCUCAUCGAGACGGGGCCGCGGGGCGUGAAGAUCAAGGGCUGUGCCAGCGAGCCGUACUUCGGCUCCCUGCCGGCCCUGGUCUCCCAGCACAGCAUCUCGCCCAUCUCCCUACCCUGCCGCCUGCGCAUCCCCAGCAAAGACCCCCUGGACGACAGCCCCGAGGUGCCGGCCGCCACCAACGUGAGCACGGCCGCUGACCUGCUGCGCCAGGGGGCAGCCUGCUCCGUGCUCUAUCUGGGAUCGGUGGAAACCGAGUCACUGACGGGGCCUCAGGCCGUGGCCCGGGCCGGAGCCGCCACCCUGGACCGCAGCCCCCGACCCCCGGCCACCCCCGUCCACUUCAAAGUGACCGCCCAGGGCAUCACGCUGACCGACAGCCAGCGGAAGCUUUUCUUCCGCCGGCACUAUCCAGUGAGCAGCAUCACCUUCUGCAGCGUCGACCCCCAGGACCGACGGUGGACCAACGCCGACGGAACCACUUCCAAGGUCUUCGGCUUCGUGGCGCGGAAGGCGGGGGCGCCGGCGGAGAACGUCUGCCACCUCUUCGCCGAGCUGGACCCCGACCAGCCGGCCGCCGCCAUCACCGCCUUCAUCACCAAGGUCCUGCUGGGCGCCCACCGGAAGUGAGGGGGCGGGGCCUCCGCCGGAAGCGAGGGGCGCCGCCGCCGCGCGCCCCCCUCCCGCGGGGGGAGGGGCGGCCGUGACGUCACGGGGAGAGAGCUGCGGGGGGCGGGGCGCGGGGACGGAGAAGAGAAAGUCUAUUUUUGUCUAAAAAUAAAGAUUUAUAUAUGAGCCGCA